AUAUAUUUCCAACUGACGGCCAGUCUGAGCACACAACUCCUGCGAAAGUGGUGAGGGCUGCCAACCCGAGACAGCGGAAAGGAAGCAAGGUUGGUGACUUCGGUGAUGCCACAAAUUGGCCAACACCUGGAGAAAUAGCCCACAAGAGUGUCCAGCAGCCACACAAAGCACCAACCCUCCGGAAACUGUCUGUCAAGAAAGACAUGAAAGAGCAGGAGAAAGGGGAUGGGAGUGAUGGCAAAGAGAGCCUGAAAACCAAGUCGGAUGAGUCGGGGGAGGAGAAGAAUGGUGACGAUGACAACCAGAAGUCAGCCCAGAAGAAGAAAGGCAACAAACACAAGUGGGUCCCUUUGCAGAUAGACAUGAAGUCGGAGGUGCCUAGGGACAAAACGGCCUCUCGGAACAACCGGCAAAACGAGCAGCACAGGCACCCCUCCAGCACCCGCAGCGAGCUGAAAG